GAGGGGCAUGUGCCGCACGCCGCGAGCCGAGUCCCGCGCCCUCGCCGGCCGGCCUCCUCCCCGCAGUGUCUGUGUGGUAGCCGUCCUGGUUGAGCAGCCGGGCGCCGGCGUCCUCGCCACAAGCGCGCCGCCGCAACUGGCUCCGCCCCUUGCCGGAACGGGCCGCGCGCUCCUGCAGCUCUCAGCAGAGUCACGGGCGCGCGCGCCGCCGGCGGAGCCGCAGUUAAAAUGGUCCGAGAGGGACCCGGCCUUGCCCCCGCCGCCGCGCUGACUGACUGAGCCGGCUGACCGGGCCCGACUGGUCGCCUAGCCGGCAGGCUCGCUCGCUCCCUCCCUCCCUCGCGUCCCUAAAGCUCGCGCCCAUCGUUCUCCCGGCUUCCCUGGGCAAAGCAUGUAGCCCCCUUCGGGCACUCCGGCGGCCCGCGGCUGACGCCCACCUCCCUACCAUCGCGUGUGUGCCCGUGUGUGCGUGUGUGUGCGCAGCGCGGGCGACCCCGCCGCGGGCCGGAGGCCGAGCCAGCGAGCGGCCUGCCCCGCUGCCGGCACCUCGCCUCUCUGGGCCUCCCUCCCUCCCGUCCCGGUGCCCCUCCUCGGGGCCUUCUAUAUGGGCCACCUUCUCUCGAAGGAGCCGCGUAACCGCCCGAGCCAGAAGAGGCCUCGCUGUUGCAGUUGGUGCCGCCGCCGGCGCCCUCUCCUCAGGCUGCCCCGCCGGACCCCAGCCAAGGUGCCCCCUCAGCCGGCGGCGCCCCGGAGCCGGGACUGCUUCUUCCGCGGGCCCUGCAUGCUCUGCUUCAUCGUGCACAGUCCCGGCGCGCCCGCCCCCGCCGGCCCAGAGGAGGAGCCGCCGUUCUCGCCGCCGCCGCCGCCGCGGGACGGGGCCUACGCUGCCGCCUCCUCCUCCUCUCAGCACCUGGCGCGGCGCUACGCGGCCCUGGCCGCCGAGGACUGCGCCGCUGCCGCCCGCCGCUUCCUGUUAUCUUCGGCCGCCGCCGCCGCCGCUGCCGCCUCGGCUUCGUCGCCCGCCUCCUGCUGCAAAGAGCUGGGGCUGGCUGCGGCCGCCGCCUGGGAGCAGCAGGGCCGAAGCCUUUUCCUGGCUAGCUUGGGGCCGGUGCGCUUCCUGGGGCCGCCCGCCGCUUUGCAGCUCUUCCGGGGGCCGCCGCCGCCGCCGCCGCCGGCCGAGCCCCUUACGCCUCCCGAAAUGGUGUGCAAACGGAAGGGGGCCGGGGUCCCCGCCUGCACCCCCUGCAAGCAGCCCCGCUGUGGCGGCGGGGGUUGCGGCGGCGGCGGCGGCGGCGGCGGUGGGGGAGGGCCUGCCGGGGGAGGCGCCUCGCCGCCGAGACCCCCCGACGCCGGCUGCUGCCAGGGUCAGGAGCAGCCCCACCAGCCGCUCUGCCCCCCGCCCUCUUCUCCCACUUCCGAAGGUGCCCCCACCGAGGCUGGCGGGGACGUUGUCCGAGUCGGGGGCACCGCCCCCUCGUCCGCCCAGCAGCAGCGUGAAUGUGGCGACGCGGACUGUCGGGAGCCCCCCGAAAACCCCUGCGACUGUCACAGGGAGCCGCCCCCCGAAACCCCAGACAUCAACCAGCUGCCGCCGUCCAUCCUGCUCAAGAUAUUUUCCAAUUUGUCACUGGAUGAGCGUUGCCUUUCUGCAUCAUUGGUUUGCAAGUACUGGCGUGACCUUUGUUUAGACUUCCAGUUUUGGAAGCAGCUGGAUCUUAGUAGUCGUCAGCAGGUCACUGAUGAAUUAUUGGAAAAAAUUGCAUCAAGAAGUCAGAAUAUAAUUGAAAUCAACAUUUCUGAUUGUCGUAGUAUGUCUGAUACUGGCGUAUGUGUUCUAGCAUUUAAAUGUCCUGGACUUCUUAGGUAUACAGCCUACAGGUGUAAACAACUUUCUGACACCUCUAUUAUUGCGGUUGCCUCUCACUGUCCUUUACUUCAGAAAGUGCAUGUAGGCAACCAGGACAAACUUACUGAUGAAGGACUCAAGCAGCUGGGCUCAAAAUGCAGAGAACUCAAAGAUAUUCAUUUUGGCCAAUGUUACAAGAUCUCAGAUGAAGGCAUGAUCGUCAUAGCUAAGGGCUGUCUGAAAUUACAGAGAAUAUACAUGCAGGAAAACAAAUUAGUAACAGAUCAGUCGGUGAAAGCAUUUGCUGAACACUGCCCUGAGCUUCAAUAUGUAGGCUUCAUGGGUUGUUCAGUCACUUCUAAAGGAGUCAUUCACCUAACCAAGUUAAGAAACCUUUCCAGCUUGGACCUACGUCAUAUCACUGAACUGGAUAAUGAAACCGUGAUGGAAAUUGUCAAGAGGUGCAAAAAUCUUAGCUCUCUCAAUCUCUGUCUGAACUGGAUCAUAAAUGACAGGUGUGUGGAGGUCAUUGCAAAGGAAGGACAAAACCUGAAAGAGCUGUAUUUGGUGUCCUGUAAAAUCACAGAUUAUGCACUGAUAGCCAUUGGGCGGUACAGCAUGACAAUAGAGACUGUGGAUGUUGGAUGGUGUAAAGAAAUUACAGAUCAAGGAGCCACCCUGAUUGCACAGAGCAGCAAGUCUCUGAGAUAUUUGGGGCUGAUGAGAUGUGAUAAAGUCAAUGAAGUGACAGUGGAACAGCUGGUGCAGCAGUACCCCCACAUCACCUUCAGCACUGUCCUGCAGGACUGCAAGAGGACCUUGGAGAGAGCCUAUCAGAUGGGCUGGACCCCCAACAUGUCUGCUGCCUCCUCCUAAUGCUCCCGCCCCGCCUAGUCCACUGGGAUCAUUCAGCAGAGCAAAGGAGAAUUGUACAUUUGUGGGGCCGAUCUCUCGGAAGAGUUUUAACUGUCACCUGUCUGUGUGUGUCCAAGUAUGUGUAUUUGUGUCUUGCUGCAUACCAAAAGUGCAGUUGUCAUUUGUUCCCAAGUGAGCUGGCUUUUUUUCUUAGAAAUUAAAGAUUAUGAAAGCCACAAACCUUUUAGUUUUAACUUCAAAGGCUUCUUUCUCUUUAAAAAAAAAAAAAGUUUUUUAAUAGAGUCAAAAAAUUGGAUGUAUUAUUUUGAACUUCUAAUUGCUGCCGCUUGGAGCUGUGCAAAUAAGAAGGCCUUCUUUUUACGUGGGAUGAAUUGUGCACUUCUACUGAUGACGACUACAGCAGAAGUGAUGUUACAAAUGCAGGCACUUACACUCUCUCACAUACUCACACGUGUGCACAUCUACACCAGGGCAGUAUCUUUCUAGAUCAUUUCCUGACAGAAGCCUUCUUCCAGGCCACUGAGGGAGCAUGUUAUCCACUGUGGCACUGCCUAACUCCGUGUAUCUAUGGGUGGCCAACUUGCUGUCUGUUGGGUGACUUAGGGACUAGAAAGAAUAAAGCUUAUUGUAAAUUUUUUAUAUGGAGACAACAAUCUGAACUCCCCUGGCCAGCUCACAAAAGUUAAUUAUUCAUUAUUCUACAAAUGUAUUCUGUUGAGCACUAAAAAUUUUAGUUGGUUUUAUGUUAACAUUGUGUUAGCUUUUAUUUCCUGGAUGGUAACUGGUCAGGAUAUAUUUUAAUGACAUUUGAAGCUAAUCUUAGCAUUGAAGCCACCAAUGUAAUUAAUGGUGUGCAGUUACUUUAAAAACUACACAUCAGUUUAUUAUUUUCCUAAUUUUGGUAAUUAUUAAAGCCUAUUUCUGAGAUGCGAGAGGGUAGUCACAUUAAUAGAAGAUUCAUGAAUGAGAUAUAAGUAGACAAUCUUUCUACUGUUGUCGCUUUUUUUGCUUUGCUUUGGGUUUUGGGAUAGGAUUUUUGGAUAUAUGCAUGUUGUCAUUUUUGACUAGUUCUCAUGCUACUGCAAAGAUUUAUUGCUAGCUAAUAUAUGAGUUAAGAAGGAAAAUUAGAAAAUCUGUUAAUUGAAAUUCUGUUUACACUUGUCAGAAAUAAGCAUUUCUUUGUUUAAUUAAACAUUGCCAGCUUCAGUUAAGACAAGACCUAUCAGUAAAUGAAUAUAUGUUUUGAUUUAACACAUCUUUACAAUUAAUUCAUAAUAGGGACUCAGGCUCAAAUAACUGUUCCUGUGUCUAGAUUUAUAAUGAGGACAUCAGGGAGCCUUUUUAAGCUAAAGAGUGAUUAUCUUUCACAGUAGAAGUAGAAACUAAACCCUAACUUGUGAAUUUGCUAUUUAUUCUUCCCUGAGUUAAUAUAACUGUUAUUUGGUCUUUAACAGAUAUACUGAAGUUUGAGUUUCACUUUCUUUAAGUCCCACAUUGCUAACAUGACAUUAGCUGUAAAAAAACAAAAGAUAGCUUUACAUUUGAAUGCCGUUUACUGAUUUCCAAUGAUUCUCUUUUUUUGUAAACAGCUGUUUCCUUUGAUUAUGUCAACAUGUUUCUGAUGUGGCAUUUUUGUUUUUAUCCCAAUCAGUCAGAAAAAUCUAGUCAGUAAGCACCAUGAGUAUUUUUCCCAUAACUAAAUGGGUUUCUAAUUUAAUUUGAAGGAAAUAAAAUCUGUGUAAGAAAAAAACUGUUUAACAUGAAUAAACUAUAUUUCUUCUUACACUUUGAACUAUAUCAUUUUCAUAUCCACUUCCCCACCACUGAAAUGUCUUAUUUCACAGUAUUUUAACUGAUUUUUAAUCCAAAACUAAUUUAUAAGACAGUAUGUAUGUAAUAGUAGCUUGAGUGAAUAUGCAAAAGUUUAAUUUUUAUAUAUGUCAUACUAUAUUUUAAAUAGUUAAAAAGACAAAAGAAGGGAGAGCCAUCUAUGAUAUAGGUGGCACCAUUUCAGUUCAAAGUUGUAAUAAUCUUUGGAGUGUUACAGUUUGAUUGUCGAAUGGUUUCAGAGUGUAUAAUUGAUUUUUUAAAAUGUCGCAUUGUUUCAAUCUGAAGUACAGCACUAUAACAUGCUUUAGCUUGGUGGGUGGGGGUGGGGUGGGGACUUGCACUUAUUCUCUAAAAUGUUGACCUAUCCAGAAAGCCUGAUGCAACAUAAUCUGGAAAACUGCUUUGGUACAUUUGUAGAAAUCUGUAGAAAUACCAUAUCCAGCCUCAAAGCAUUAAUCUAAAAAAAACAGCCAGAAAAAAAGCAUCACCUUGAGUGAUCCUGUGAUGGUUGUUGAAUGUGUUCUCAUUAGAUGCUUUGAAAUGAGGCUUAAAAUAAUUUUUCUGGGCAAUAUAGAGUUUCUUUUUUUUGCUUAGAAUGUCGUAAAUACAUGUGAACACGUUUAAUGCAGGGCUUUUUAUUCUCUCCAAAAUGUCAACAGUAUUUUCAGAAUAAAGACUAUGAAAUAUAUUGCUGUAAUGGAAAAUUCUGGUCCUUUGUCUUUAAUGUCCUUUUGAGUGAAUAAAGAAAAUUCACCCGGUUUGUAGUUUCUAUAUUUCUGUGAAUCUUUGACCUUGCAAUGGGUUGCAAUAAAAGAGAAACA